UCUGAGAAACUGGGGAAAGUAGGGUUCUUCCACCCUCGGGUUCGAGUCACGACAACCAGUCAUAUCGAACAAUUUUCCUCAUUUGGAAUGAAGCGGGGAUUCGACCAAUGGACUCCAUCACUUGGCCCUGUCGGCGGUCUUCACACGGGCGAGUCGUUCCAGACUACCUAUGAAGUGGAGAUACCGAGAAAGCCUACCGCGGCAUCAUUCAUGAGAAAUACAGAUAUUUAAGUUUUAUUUCAUGCUAUCAGAUUGAGGCCACUCUCAAAGUUUGAUGUACUAGCCGCAGACAUGGCAGCCGCCAAAGUUUCACCCGCAUCAGUCGCAGAAGUUCCAAUUCCAAUGGUGGAGAAGGAGCAGGUGGAAAUCAGAACUGAAGAGAAGCUGGAAGGGGAAUCUCUUCCCUUUGAUCCAACUGAGCUCAAGGCAAAGUACCUCGAGGAGCGCGACAAGCGCCUCGCCCGCAAUCUAGGCAUCAACCAGUAUACUAUAAUUGAUGGACAUCUUUCUCAUUACCUUACCGACCCUUGGGUCGAGCCAGGAUUCAAAAGAGAUCCAAUCGAAGAGAAGGUGGAUGCUGUCAUCAUUGGAGGUGGAUAUGGUGCACAGGUCGUCGCAGUGCGUCUGAUUGAAUUAGGAAUAGAGAAUUUCAGGAUCAUCGAGAAAGCAGGGGACUUCGGUGGAACUUGGUAUUGGAACCGGUAUCCCGGUGCUCAAUGCGACAUUGAAUCUUAUAUCUAUAUGCCUCUACUCGAAGAGGUUGGCUACAUACCUUCCGAAAAAUAUGCACGAGCCAAAGAACUUCUCGCACAUUCACGAAUGAUAGGCGAAAAGUUCGACUUAUACCGUCGUGCCUUGUUUCAGACCGAAGUAGAGACCAUGCGAUGGAAUGAGGAAGAAGGUUUAUGGGUCACGAGCACAUCCCGAAAUGAUAAGAUCAAGUCACGAUAUAUCAUUCCAGCCGCUGGGCCACUUCAUCGACCCAAGCUACCUGGUGUGAAGGGUGUCGAAGACUUUAAGGGUCAUUCCUUCCACUCGUCGAGAUGGGACUUUGGUUACACCGGAGGAGAUCCGGCUGGCAACCUGGAAAAGCUGAAGAACAAAAGAGUCGGCAUAAUUGGAACAGGGGCUACAGCCGUCCAGAUUGUUCCACAUUUGGGUGAAUGGGCAGAGAAACUCUACGUGUUCCAACGCACGCCGUCAUCAAUUGACGUACGGGGCAACAGGCCUACCGACCCUUCGUGGGUGAAAGGUUUACAGCCAGGAUGGCAGAAAAAGCGAAUGGACAACUUUGAUAGUAUCGUCAACGGCGGCGUGGAGGCUGAAGAUAUGGUGGCUGAUGGAUGGACUGAUAUCAUACGCGAAUUGCUCACCAAAUUUCGAGACGCAGAUAUUGAUCCCUUGGAAGCGGCAGCACAGCUACAGAUCGCAGACUACAAAAAGAUGGAGCAGAUUCGCGCACGUUGUGACUCAGUCGUGCAGAACAAGGAAACUGCAGACUCUCUGAAGCCAUGGUACAAUCAAUUCUGCAAACGACCAUGUUUCCAUGAUGAGUAUCUCCAGACUUUCAAUCGCCCCAACGUUGAGUUAGUCGACACGAAAGGCAAGGGCGUCGACUACAUUACAGAGAAAGGCAUUGUUGCAAAUGGAAAAGAAUAUGAGAUUGAUUGUCUUAUCUAUGCGACGGGAUUCGAGCUCGCGACCAACUGGACCCAUCGAACCGGCUUCGAAAUCUAUGGCCGUGAUGGCUUGACAAUUACAGAGAAAUGGAAAGACGGCGCACAGACACUCCACGGCUGGUCUACCCGGGGCUUCCCAAAUUGCUUCAUUGUACAGAUCACUCAAGCUGCCCUCACGCCGAACUUCAUGCAUGUCACUGCUGAUCAAGCGAGGCAUUUUGCAUAUGUGAUCUCAGAAGCGCAAAAACGCGGUGUGCGAACACUGGAGCCUACCGAAGAGGCUGAAGAAGAAUGGACAAAGAAAAUAGUUGAUAGCACAGCUAUUCGUGCUAAAUUCUUCGAAGAGUGUACACCGGGCUACUACAACAAUGAGGGCACGCCAUCUACAAGCGCAGCAAAGAAUGCAACUUACGGUUAUGGAGCCCCAGCAUUUUUGAAGAUCCUCACAGACUGGAGAGCCGAGGAUAAAUUGACUGGUCUUGAUCUGCGCUUCCUAGAAUCAGAAGGCACAGAUGGUUCAAAUCAGGAGGCACAAGACGAAACUCAGGAAUCUUCGUCCGUGGACUUGUCAUCAAUAUUUGAAGAUAAGCGAAAUAUCGUUGAGGAUUACAAGGACCUGCAGGCAAAACAUCAAGCUGAAAUGAAUGAUUUGCUACGGAGGCAGAGGGAUGAGAUCGAAAGGUUACUGGGAACUCAUACAGAGAGGGCAAGGUUGUAA